UCUUUUGCUUAAACAAAACAAAAAACUAAUACUCACUCUCUAUAAAAGUCCCUACUGGGCGUGUGCCCUCCACAAGCAAAUAUUAACAUUUCUUCUUCUUAUUAUUAUCUUUAUAACAUAUUCAAAUUCUAUCAUCAUAUAGUUCAGUUAAUAUGGCUUCUGAGUCUGGCAGUGUUGACUAUACUCAACGUGCUCAGUGGCUCCGAGCAGCAAUCCUAGGGGCCAACGAUGGGCUCGUCUCUGUUGCGUCGCUCAUGAUGGGCGUUGGAGCCGUUAAGCCCGACGCCAAAGCCAUGCUUAUUGCAGGAUUUGCAGGACUGGUUGCUGGAGCUUGUAGUAUGGCGAUAGGAGAGUUCGUUUCUGUUUACACUCAAUAUGAUAUUGAGAAAGCUCAGCUGAAGAGAAAUGGGAAGGAAAAGAAUAAUAACAUGGAACCAAACCACCCGGGUGAGGAGGAAGAGAAGCUGCCAAAUCCACUACAGGCUGCGCUGGCAUCGGCGAUAGCGUUUUCGGUCGGAGCAGUCAUUCCUUUGGUGGCAGCAGUGUUCAUCCGAGACCAUAAGGUGAGGCUGGGGGUGGUGGCAGCAGUGGCGAGCUUGACGCUGUUGGUUUUUGGGAUAGUUGGAGCCAUCUUGGGGAGAACUCCGGUUGGAAAAUCAGCAGCAAGAGUGGUGGUUGGAGGGUGGAUGGCUAUGGCUAUUACUUUUGGCCUUACAAAGCUGCUUGGCUCUAAGGGACUAUGAAGCUAUAUAUAUAUAUAUAUACAUGUUAGUGUUUGUGUUUUUUCUUUCAAGUAUGCAUGUGGGUUUUAAAUGGAGUUUCCCUUUCAUCAGUCUAAACAAAUAAAUUAAAUUAAGUUACCCAAAUGAUAUAUAGAGAGUGGCAUUUUAUUAUA